GUUCUGCUCCCACGCAUCCCGAGCCACCCCUAUGUCUGAGCACGGUUAAAUGCAGCGACUCUGCGCUGCUACGGUCAGCAGAGCUCAGGACAGUUUCAGGUUCCCGCAGCUGUCCUCCGUCAUCUAUAUCCUCAACCAAAUAUAUCUCCUCUCUCAACCUUCCCAUCUCUUGUCUCACUGCACUGUCUCCCAACUGGCCGCUCAAAAAGCUAUCAAACGUUCAUCCCAGUCUGCAGUAUAUUUGCCAAACUCACACAUAUAUAUACAAGACGCAAAAAAACAUAUUUAGGGGCCAGCCUGACUAAACUGUAUUUAAUCAAAGCUGUAAGCUGCGAUUUUACCAUACGACUAGUCGUCUGAUAGACAUCAGUCCAGGCUUCACCUGACCCUGACCCAGCCAUAUCUUCAGCAGUCCUGCUAUGGACAGCUCCGAGCAGCAGAGACGGGUGCAGCUGGGGCGAGUGCAGACAGCAGACUCCAUGGAGCAACGGAGCCCCAAGAAGCUGCAGUUUGUCAUGCCGCCCGGGCAAAUGCAACUCGACCCCGCCGCGCUUGAGCAGAUUCGGAGGAGACGUCCCACUCCGGCCAAGUUGGUGGUCAUGAACGAGCAGGCGUCACAACCAGAUGACAGGACUCAAGAUCCCUCGGAGGGCUGCGCAGUCGCCGACUCAGAUAGCAGUGACGUCCCAAAGGCUACCACUACUACCAGCGACUGUGUGUACAACCCACCCACCAUGGAAGAGCUUCGCCACGCAUUGGAGUUGUGCUGCACCGACCAGCAGCUGAGCAGCUCAGGAACAGAUGGAGCGGCCAAGGAGGGACCCAAUGGAGUGGCGGCGGGCGCCGAGGUCACCUGGGACGCGGGUGGAGAGGUCGCCAGAGUGGCUGGGCUGAACUCUGACUCAGAGACUCCUGCCUUGGCCCAGAGUCCAGGGGAUGUCGACAAUGAGGAGCCGGAGACACUGCCAUCAGUGGAGGAGGCGCCCAGGAAACCGCGGAGGAAGGACACCCCUGUGUACCAGGUCCCACCGCUGGCUCUUGCAGGUGCAGGCAGAGUGCAGCGACGUCCCAGGGAUGUGCAGCAGCAGCAGCAGCAGCAACCUGUCCCGGCCAUGCUUGAGGAGGAAUGGGUCGAGGAGCUGCUGGUACCCGAGGAGACACUGGUAUCAGCAAAAGUUAACGUCCAACCAUCUGUGCCAUCGUGAGCUGCGGGGGGGGGGGGGGGACUUUCUCGGAUCCAACACCACCACUACUACCAACUUCAGUUCGGGGCCCUGAACUGAGACCUUGGAGGUUUUGUGCUGGUCUCAGGAGAUUUGGUCACAAGGGUAGGACAAGGGCCCUGGUUUUCAUAGGUCAGCAUUGGGGCUUUGAGUAAAGUGUGGGUUAUGGAUGCCAAUGAAUGCCUCUCCUCCUUACUUGAAUCUGUCAUUCUCACCUCUCCCUACCCUGGCAAUCUCCACUUAGACCAUCCCUGCUGCCAGUUCUCCGCUGAUUACAAAAUUAUUUUACGGUUCCCGUGAACGAAAUUCUUAAAAAUUAAUGUCCUGAUAGUGGAGGCAUCCCAAACUCAGACCAAAAGUCAUGCCUACCAUGGUGUGGCUUUUCAUGGGCACAACUAAUUUCCGUUGGAUCAGAGGUUAUCAAACUAGACUCAAUCUCCAUAUUCUCUGACAUUCUCUGAUGAAAUACAAAUUAGGUCACUUAAAUCGAAGUAUUGGGGAUGUGAGGACUGCAGUUUAAGGACAGUUUAAAUAUGCUAUGUACUGUGCUUUGUAUUGAAAUGUGUCUGUCAAUUGAGAAACGGGAUGUGGGACUUACGUGGCCAAAAGUAUACGAUAACUGGUUUAUAGAUAGGUUUAGCUUCAAACAGUUUCUUUAUUAAGUGGCAAUGUUAGUGUCAAUGUAGUUAUACUGAUGAGAUGUUUCAGUGUACCGUGUUUUAAAUAUUCAGUGCAUGAUAUAUUUAAGGUCAGCUUUGCCUACCCACAAGAGGUUGCGGUUGAUGAAAAUGAGGCACUCAGUGUAUUGUAAUGUGUCUGUGCAGUACUGUAGUUUACUAUUUUAAAUGUAUGCACAGAUAAAUAGAUAAUGAAUAUAUACUGAUAUUAAGCUGUUGUUUGUAUUGGUAUCAUUUAUCUGUUGAAAGUUAAACAAUUAGCACUUCUACAAUGAAACAAAUAGAGCUCUUUGUCAAUCAACUGCUGGUCAUGCGGAUUGUUUAACAGUAGUUCACCAAGAUGGCCAUUUGCAAGUUGAAGACAGGGGCCUAGGACAAGUACAGAUAUCACUUUCCACCGAUGUCGCCAUGACUUACUAUAUUAUCAGACUCAGGUCACUGGGUUGAAAACGCAGUCUCCUAGCCACUGCAUCGCCACUCCCCACUGCCCUUUUACAAUAACGCUAUACCCUGGUCAGUAGAAUUUCACCCCUCAUUUCUUGCUCCAAUAAAACAACCUUUCUCCACAUCACUAUUUAUACAACAUAUUGAGACGCUUUCAUAUCUAGGUUUUUUUUUACAAAUUCAAAUUGUGCUCUGUUGUAAAUCUGACGGGGAAACGAAACACAUUUAAUCACUUCCAAAUACAUAGCAACAAUUGGCCGCUGGAACCAUAUGGAAAAGCAGCCUCCAAAAUCCGGGAAAAAAAUGUUAUUUCAUCGCGGAAUUUCCAUAUUUUCAUAGUAAUGCAUGCACAAUGGUGUCACUGAUUGCAGAGAAUACAUUUAAUUACAUGUGCAGAGGCACAUGGGGAAGCAUCUGAGCGGUAAGGGUUGACAUGCAAGAGCUGUAAUGUGACGUGGGGAAUCGAGGUUCAAAUCCGACUGAAAUUGUGGAAUUAAUCUUCUUUGGUUCUUUCGGUAAAGUCACGUAGAAUGAGAAUAAAAUAAUAUAUUGAUAAAAUAAAAUAACACAAUAAUAACACAAUAAUAAUUUAUUUUCCAAAAUCGCCUCUGUAGACUCGGUAAUAAAGUGGGCACAAUGCAGUAAUUCGAUUGAUGAAUUGCUUGUAAACUCCCUAACCUUGUCACUGCUGGUUCAAAUUUAGCAAUCGCUUAUGAAUAUAUCCUCGAGACACACAGCUCACACUGGACCCAACACAGAAUUCGCAGGUGUUGUGCCCAUUAGGCCCGCCACGUAAAUUGCUCCCCACAACCCCAUUUUCAUCCUUGGGCAUCCCAUUAUUCACAAUGAGGUCCAUGAAUGGGGCUGGACCUGUGUGAUACUUUGGUUUGGUAACUUUCCAGUUCCAAAAUGCUUCUCUUCCUGCUUCUUUCCUCGCACUUGUCAGCAAUUUAAUUCCCCUCCAAUCAUCACAUUUCCCCCGGUUACACGAGGGGGUGGGUGGCCAACACCACGCCCGACCGCCUUUGUCUCCCCAGUGGCGAUGUUUUACACACCAUACCAGGUACUCAUUUCUAGGUUGAGUCGACGUAAGGGAGGCCCAGGA